CGUGAGCAGGCGGGCAGUGAUGGCGGCGCACCUGAGCUCGGGGCGUGUGAACCUGACGGCGCUGCGGGAGGCGGGACGCAGGGAGCUGCGGGAAUUCCUGGACAAAUGCGCGGGAUCCAAGGCCAUCGUGUGGGACGAGUACCUGACCGGGCCUUUCGGGCUGAUCGCGCAGUACUCGCUGCUGAAGGAACAUGAGGUGGAGAAGAUGUUCACGCUGAAGCCGGGCCGCCUGCCACCCGCAGACGUGAAGAACGUCAUCUUCUUCGUCAGGCCCAAGCUGGAGCUGAUGGACAUCAUCACCGACAACGUGCUGAGGGAAGACCGAGGCCGUUCUCCCCAGAGGGAUUUCCACAUCCUCUUCGUGCCGCGGCGCAGCCUGCUCUGUGAGCAGUGGCUGAAGGAGCAGGGUGUGCUGGGCUCCUUCAUCCACCGGGAGCAGUACAGCCUGGACCUGAUACCCUUCGAUGGGGACCUGCUCUCCAUGGAGUCUGAGAGUGCAUUCAAGGAAUGUUACCUGGAGAGCGACCAGACAAGUCUGUACCAUGCUGCAAAGGGGCUGAUGACACUGCAGGCUCUCUACGGAACCAUCCCACAGAUUUUUGGGAAAGGAGAGUGUGCCCGGCACGUGGCCAACAUGAUGAUCAGGAUGAAGAGGGAGUUCCCUGGCAGCCAGAACUCCAUCUUUCCUGUCUUUGACACCCUCCUGCUGCUGGACCGCAACGUGGAUCUGCUGACACCGCUGGCGACCCAGCUCACCUAUGAGGGGCUGAUAGAUGAGAUCUAUGGGAUUCAGAACACUUAUGUGAAACUGCCCCCUGAGAAGUUUGCUCCAAAGAAACAGGGAGAGGGUGGGAAAGAUCUCCCCACAGAACCCAAGAAGCUCCAGCUGAACUCUGCUGAAGAGCUGUAUGCUGAAAUCAGAGACAAGAACUUCAAUGCUGUGGGGUCUGUGCUGAGCAAGAAAGCCAAGAUCAUCUCAGCAGCCUUUGAGGAAAGACACCACGCAAAAACUGUUGGAGAAAUCAAGCAGUUUGUGUCACAGCUGCCACACAUGCAGGCAGCCAGAAGCUCUCUUGCAAACCACACCUCCAUUGCAGAGCUCAUCAAAGACAUCACCACAUCUGAAGAUUUCUUUGACAAUUUAACAGUGGAACAAGAGUUCAUGUCUGGAAUAGACACAGACAAGGUUAACAAUUAUAUUGAAGACUGCAUAGCUCAGAAGCAUCCAUUAAUCAAGAUUUUGCGUCUUGUUUGCUUGCAAUCCGUGUGCAAUAGUGGACUGAAGCAGAAGGUUCUGGACCAUUACAAAAGAGAGAUUCUGCAGACUUAUGGCUAUGAACAUAUAUUGACCUUAAACAACUUAGAAAAGGCAGGACUCCUGAAACCUCAGACAAGUGGCAGGAACAACUACCCAACCAUCAGGAAAACCCUGCGCUUAUGGAUGGAUGAUGUUAAUGAACAGAACCCCAAUGAUAUCUCCUAUGUGUACAGUGGCUACGCUCCCCUGAGCGUACGCCUGGCACAGCUGCUGGCUCGGCCGGGCUGGCGGAGCAUAGAGGAGGUUUUAAAGAUGCUGCCAGGCCCCCACUUUGAGGAGAGGCAGCAGUUACCUACUGGCCUCCAGAAAAAGCGUCAGCAAGGUGAGAACCGAGUGACCCUGGUGUUCUUUCUGGGAGGUGUGACCUAUGCAGAAAUAGCUGCACUGAGAUUUCUGUCCCAAAUGGAAGAUGGAGGCACAGAGUAUGUUAUUGCCACUACAAAACUGAUCAAUGGAACAACCUGGAUCAAGUCUUUGAUGGAAAAACUGGAGCCUGCCCCUUUCUAAGGUCUAUGGUGAGUGACACCAAAAGUGAGAGGCCUGUGUGACGCAGGCACUUCAGCUUCUGGUCUCCUGGCAUGGCUGCCUGAACGUCAGAGACACAGCAGUGGAAGAAGCUCUCCUGAGACCAGGUCUGAUGCAGUUACCCUCAUCCCUCUCUGCACCUGUGUUCUGCUUCUGGAACUUCCUAGUAGACAGGCAGUGCUGGAAGGCACUAAGGAUGAAAUAAACAAGAGAGAUACCUGA